CCCAUAGUCAGUCGCAGCGUCUGAUGCCAUUCGGUCAGUGUUAAAUUUGGCGUCGCGGUGCUUACAUCGUAAUGCGGUACCCAGCGUGAGGCGCUUUUUACUCCUCACCACACCAAUCAGUGUUAGUUAGCACUUCCACCCAGUACCUUGUCCCAAGGAGGAGCCUCUCGGAGGGCACAAGGCUAAGGCGCCUCUUCAGUGACCUCCUCACAUUUCAUAUGGUCACCGUGGCUGAGGAUACCCCUAGCUAAAGCUCAACACCAAUCCUGGUCAUUCCUGCUCUUUCACUCAUUAAAACCAAACUAACAACACGACUAACCCCUUCUAAAUUUAUCGCAUAUUUUGGAAUCUUCUUCCAUAAAAAAAACCAUUCCUAAAUUACAAAAAAAGCCAACAUUCACUAAAUUUUCUUUCCUCAAACCCCCAGUAUCAACACAUCCCAAAUUCUUGCUCAGCUUUCUGGCACUGUCCGAGUGGUUUCCCUCCCAAAAAACAAGUUCGUUGGGUGGUUACAAACCAGAUAAAGUACUUUCAGCUGCACUUAUCGCCACAAUAUUCCUGCUCCGUCACCCCAUUCUCCGCAAAAUAUUUCUGUGAUUGUGAUAUGAAUGAAAAUUUAAAGUGUUCGCCAUAUAAGAAAUAUAUAUAUUUUUUGUUGCGGUUUUGCCAGCCAUCUUUUGCAAAGAAUAAAUAAAUAAAUAAAUUGAUUGACCCAACGGGAAGAGAAUAAAAGUUCCAAAGAGAUUGAGGGAGGUAUCUCUAGAAAAGAUCCAGGCAAUCUCUUUUCUUCUAAAUUAUAAUUUGAAGAUGUGUGAAAAAGUUUGCUAAUACCUUGAAGAGGCGAUGAGUGCUCAACCUAUUAACCUUACACUAAUUUUCCCGUGUUUAAUAUAACUACUACAUCAGAAAAUUUUCUGCUUUUGCGGGUGCGUGAUCCGGAUUGAGUGUGCGUGUGGUGUCUAUAUCUUCUUCACGUGUACAAAAACCAGGGAAGAGGUAUCUGCUGGGAAUCAUAAUCAUCCGGCAAACAAUAUGUGAAGCAACGACGCCGUGGAAUACAUAAACACUGUACAAAAUUGCCGGGAAUGUCUAAAUUUACAAUAUAUGUUGCAAUUUAAUCAACACUUGGCCAAAAGGAGUGGAGUAGAAGGAAAAAAAGUGUGAGGCGGAAAGGUAUCCAAAUUGCUUUUUUUGCGCGAGAUGCUACCGGAAAUUCAGCAGUAUUUCAGUAUCCUCAACUGCUACCACUAUUGUCCGGGUAGAAGUGAUCCAGAGAGAUCUUUGCACAUAUCAUAAAACUGCGCCACGAAACAUUUAAGAAAAAGCACAAAAAACGAUGAAGAGAGCUUUAGGGAGAAAAUAUUUGGUGAAAAUGCCUUGCAAUUUUAUACGUAAUCAUCUGAUAGAAGACACAAUGAGAGACAUUUAGUGCCUUAUCGUAUGGUUUUAUAUUAUACUGUAAAUUAAAAAAAAGGAAAAAAAUAACAUCUUGUUUGACCAAGCCUCAGCUAGUAAACACGAACAUUAAAGUGCCCAAGUGAACAUCAUAUAUAUGCAGCAAUUUGUGGACCACAAUUUUGGUUAAAUCCAUUGGUGAACAACAACAGAAAUUUUUUGUGUGUGAAAAUGAGGGUGGAGAUGAGGCGACAAGAAUACAAGUGAAAAUUUUUCGAGAAUAAACAACCAAGUGCCACAUUGAACUACCCUCCCCAGAUAUCUGGCAAUGAAUAUUAAUAAAGUGCCUUGUGAACAUUUGUGGACAAUCUCCAUGUGCUGAGACUGACCCACAGAAUUUCCAAAAAAAAGCCCGUUGUCAACAGCCUCACAUGAGGAUGAGGAUGUGACAAUUUAUCCGGGAUACAUUUGUCCUCUCACCACAGCCCUUUUGUUGAUUUUAAGGGUGAGGACAUAAGACAAAACACGUCCAAGAGAAGAAAUCUAGCAGCAUCUCCUGAAAAGCCAUAGAAACAUGUUAGAUAUCUUCCGUGGUCUCAAGAACCUUAUCAAAGUCAGCCAUAUCAACAUCGAUUCACCAGUGUUUCGGCUCCACUACUCCAUCACCGUGAUGUUGCUCAUGGCAUUCUCCCUCAUUGUCACCACACGCCAAUAUGUGGGAAAUCCCAUUGACUGUAUCCACACAAAAGACAUCCCCGAGGAUGUCCUCAACACGUACUGCUGGAUCCAUUCCACAUACAGCCUCAGGAGUUAUUUUCGCAAGAAGGUGGGAACCGAGACAGCAUAUCCCGGUAUUGGGAAUUCAGAGAAUAAGACCAAUGAUCGCAAGGAUCACAAGUACUACCAAUGGGUCUGCUUCUGUUUGUUUUUUCAGGCUAUCCUGUUUUACACACCACGAUGGCUUUGGAAAUCGUGGGAGGGUGGCAAAAUACACGCUCUAAUGAUGGACCUAGAUAUUGGUAUCUGCUCAGAAAUUGAGAAGAAGCAGAAGAAGAAGCUCCUAAUCGACUACCUGUGGGACAAUUUGCGUUAUCACAACUGGUGGGCGUAUCGAUACUUCUUCUGCGAACUGUUAGCUCUAAUUAAUGUCAUAGGACAAAUGUUUCUAAUGAACAAAUUCUUCGAUGGAGAAUUUCUGAAAUUUGGGAUCGAGGUGAUCGCUCACAUGCAAGAAGAUCAGGAGGAUCGUGUUGAUCCAAUGAUCUAUAUCUUUCCACGUAUGACCAAAUGUACAUUUUACAAAUACGGCAGUGGUGGUGAGGUGGAAAAACACGAUGCAAUUUGUAUAUUGCCCUUGAAUGUGGUCAAUGAGAAAAUAUAUAUUUUUCUCUGGUUCUGGUUCAUCAUUCUCACAAUUCUUACCACAUUUACACUAAUGUAUCGUGUGGUGAUCAUCUUCUCACCUCGAAUGCGUGUUUAUUUACUACGACUACGAUUUAGGUUAGUUCGCCGGGAUGCCAUUGAAACAAUCGUGAGACGCUCAAAGAUGGGCGAUUGGUUCCUUCUGUAUAUGUUGGGUGAAAAUAUAGAUACACUCAUCUUCCGUGACAUCAUGCAGGACCUUUCCACGAGACUCGGUCACAAUCAACACCAUCGAGUGCCCGGUAUUAAGGGUGAGAUCCAGGAUGCGUGAUACUGGGAGUAGCCGUCGCCGUUGCGACGCGCACCUUCAGCAUUCUUCCAUUGCGCGCUGUGUGUAUAGGCACCACAUUCGAUUUCUUAUAUAUCUACCUAUUGUAUUUACCGAACUACUUAUAUACAUAAUCCGAAAUCCCGUAGAAGACAACAAGAGAUAGAAAAGAAUUAGCCCAAGGAUGAGAAGAAACUUGAUGAUCGUCUUCUCACUUUUUGGGUAUGAUAAACACAUAUAAGGAAAAUCCCUUUAUUUGUACAGUGUUCAGGAGAGAGGAGCCGCGCAGUCACCGCCGUCCAGAAGAGCUCGCCACACUCUGAAAUGACAUUCGAGAUCAAAGUUUAAUGAAAAGUUGAAAAAAAAUGAAUCAAUUAACAUACAACAUAUGCAGCAAUUUUGAGAUAUGCAACUGAUUGAUAUUUGGAAACUUCUGUUCUCUUUUUUUCUUUGGAAAUCCUUUACAUUCGAGCAGUACUACUUUUUAUUAUUACUUUUGCAUGAAUGUAGGCUUUUACCUUCUGAAUAAACUCCGGGUAUCUAUUGACUCAAUAAGGUGGUAUGAUUAAGAGAAGUUGAUACCUUUUUGAGUUUAUCAUAAAUAACAGAAAAAG